AUGUUGUUCAACCUUGCUGUCUUCCCCCUCGUUGCCUCGCUCGCAGGCUCUGCCAUCGCGGCCCCCCACCGCGUGGACUCGUCCUUGAUGGCGCGCAAGGACACUGGCGCUUCCUCCGAUGAUAUCGCAUCACUCCUCGGCGGCCUCGACAACGCCGGCGCAUCAGCCGCUGGAUCAGCCGUCGCAUCCGGCAUUGCGGCCAGUGCAACCGGCACCGGCAUUGAUGACACCGGAGCUGCUGCUGGCGCCAACUCUACCGAGACUGGCGUCGACUCGACUGGCAACGCAACAGACACUGCCACGAGCGGCCAGACGACCGUGACCGUGUUUGUCACUGUUACUGACGCAAACGCCGCAGCGGCGACUGCUGGUGCUGGUGCCGGAAAGAAGGGCAAGGGAAAAGGAAAGAAGGGCAAAGGCAAGAAGGGCAAGGGUAAAGGCAAGAAGGGGAAAAAGGCUGGUCAAGCUGCUGGCGGAAACUCAAACGCUGGAAAUUCCACUGCCGGAGCUGCUGAUGCUGGAGCUGCUGGAGCCAAUUCUGGAGCCGCAAACGCGGGUGAAGCUGGUGCUGCUGGCCAAGACGGUGGAGCAGAUGCAGCCAACGGUGCGGCUGGCGCAAACGCUGGUGCGGAUUCUACUGGUGUUGCCAGUGGUAUCGACAACGCUGCUGGAUCUGGUAGCGUUGCUGCUGGAGCCGACUCUGGUCUGGACGCUGGCGUUGACAGCAACGACGCUGCGAUUGCCGCAAUUCUGUCCAGCAUCGAAGCCCAGGCCGCUACUGCCACCGCUCUUCCGGCUGCUGGUAAAACCCGUCGCAGCCGCCUCAACCGUCUUCUCUAA